AUGAGCACCGGGGACGUCAAUGGUGCUGGGGAUAUUCUUGACGGCUUCUUUAGCCAUCCAUCGCUGCCAUUUAAUCCUUCAGUGGGAGAAGGUGGCGACUCAUUGACGAAAAAUGAGCCAAGACAACCGCUACCACAACAGAAUUCAGAAAUUUUCCAGCCACAUACACCGAAUAAUACUUCAUCAGAGGCCACAACGGUAACAAGCACUAGUAGCAGCAGUCAAAGUGCCGUUAAAAGUAUCGCUACCUGUUCAGCUGGCGAGAACACUGGUAGCUACUCGCAUGCUGGUAGCAAUGUGGUAGGUACGCAUACCGCCUCUCCUAUUUCUAGUACGCCCCCUAAUCAGGGGUAUAUGAACGUGCCUUCCAUGUACACCGCCGCGUUGGCGCAAACUACCCAUCAGCAAAAUAACAUGCAACAGCACCCUACUCAUCUUUUCUCCGGCGCAGUGGAUUCACCAACCACAGCAACAGCAACACAACCUGAGGCCGGUCAUACAUCCGAUGGAUCGCCGUCAGCUUUUAUGCAAGGCAAAGAAGUGAUGCUUGAGCGUCUAAUGGCAUGUUUAGGCGAAUCCAAAGGUAUGGCGGCACUUCAGCUUCAGUUAGCGCAGGUUACAGCGCCGUCGUCUCCUGCAGUUGCUGCUUUAAAGCAAGUAAUUCAACAUUUGGAAGAGGAUAUUGAGAAACUCCUUCAUCUUCGAGACAUGCCCACCACUUCUGCUUUUAUGAAUGGGGCGGCAGUAUACCAAAAAAUGAGCACCGAUGUGCCAAAGGAAUCUCUUACCACGUCAGAGGUGCAGGUACCCAAUCAUCAAUACCAACAACAACAAACUGAUGUAAGCGUUGCGCCACUGUUUGUUACAAAUGCACAAGUAGCGGCAACGGCAACAUUUUCUGAUCGUGGGAUAUGGUCACUUUCUGAGUCACGGAAUGCCACUAUUAAAAAUGGAAACAUGGAUUUGGUGGAUAUGUCCGGCUCGACGGCAGGAGCAGCAUCCAUGAUGCAACAGCAACCGUAUCAACACCUUGAGGUCAUCACACCACAAUCGGGACAAAUGACAUCGUAUCUUGGCGACACUGGGGCAUCCGUGACACAGGCGUAUCCGAUGUUAAAUUCAGCGCUGCUUGCUUCUUGUGAUGACGCUCCAGCUAUGUAUGCCACAUCCGGUGAAACGGGAUAUAAUUUUAUAGAUGCCAAUAUAGGUAGUCUUGGUUUUGGAGAUGCCAUACGUGGUCCUCCACGUCGAAAUAUGGAUGAACAACACCCUGUGGAAGGUGAAAUAGUGCCAAAGUUUCUUGCCUUUGUAGAGUUUAAGCGACACCGUGUACGUAAGUAUGAAUGUAACAUAGAUAUUUCCCCGGGACUGUAUGUCAUGGUAGAUGGUGAUCGUGGGAAAGAUUGUGGGCUUCUUGUGCAGACCAUUAAGACGUUACCAGACGGCUCUACCUCUUUUUAUUGCAUGGAUGGUACUCAUAUCAAUGCUGAUAAAAUCAAGUUGGAGAAGGGGCGUGUACUUGGGGUUGCAACGGCAGAGGAAAUUGACUAUCUACAUCACACCAUGCAGCAGGCAGAACGUGUGGCCCUUGAGACCUGCAGAAAGGUAUGUGAUGACAUGGGCAUUAAGAUUAAUCUUCAGGACUGUGAGUAUCAAUUUGAUAUGGAAAAGGUAAGUUUCUAUUUUAACAGCGAACACAGUGUGGACUUCCGUCCCCUUGUCCGGGAACUUUAUCGCCUGUUCCGUGUGCGUAUAUGGAUGGAGAACACAAAUCCACAUGUGAAGAAUACCAUGCCUGCAGCAGAUCUGGGGGGUAUUGGAAACAGUAACAUCAACGAGGAAAUCACCGCGAUGAGCGAAGGUGUUGCAAGUGUGAAUUACAGCCUCAGCCAGCAUCAACAUAAACAUGGCGGUGGUGCAGGUUUAACUGCGAUAGGUGGAAACAACAUGACAGGUGGUAGACGACGGGGGCAUCGUCGGUCGUUGCAGAAGAAUACCCAAGGAAAGGAUGGCAAGAAGUAA